AUCUGAUUUACUGUGUGUGAUUUUAUGUGUAUUUAGUGAGAGUUAUUUUAUUUGAACAGUUAAAAAAGUGAUUUUACUUGACACUUUUUUUCCUUUGUUCUAAUGCAGAGCUACAAGAUCCACCAACAGAAUGACCAUCACAUGUGACCAGUGUGGGAAGGUGUGGCCAAAUGCUUACAAACUGAAAAGACACUACAGAACUCACACAGGAGAAAAACCGUACAGCUGUGAUGUUUGUGAGAAGAAAUUUAAAAACCGUGGUGGCCCCUAUCGACAUGUGAGAAUCCACACAGGAGAGAAACCAUUUGAAUGUGACCAGUGUGGAAAGGCAUUUAGAGAGUCUUAUUGUCUCUGUCGACAUAUGAGAGUCCACACUGGAGAGAAACCGUACGAGUGCGACCAGUGUGGGAGAACUUUUGCUAACUCAUCCAAUCACAGUAAACACAUGAGAACUCACUCCUGGUUGAUCCGAUACGAGUGUGACCAGUGUGAAGAGGCUUUCAGAACAUCCCAGGAGCUCUCCAGUCACCACCGAACACACACAGGAGACGAACCAGACGAGUGUGGGGAAAGAGGGGAAGGAUUUCAGUUUAUGGCCUCCACCCUCCAGCCUCUGUCAACACUUCCUCUGUCAACACUUCCUCUGUCAACACUUCCUCUGUCAACACUUCCUCUUUCACUCCGGCCAAAUAAAAACACAAACUGUGAGCUCUCAGCGGGGCCCUCUACUGACGAGAAACGGAACGUCCCCAGAGUCUGAUGAACAUCACCCCGGACUUUUCCAGAAUCCUCCUGCUGGACUUUUAUUAAACUGGGAUCAGGAAGCGGCGAGUGGGAGAGACACUCAGAAAACCUCCAUCUGGACCGUUUUCCUGCAGGACCCAAAAUAGAAUCUUCAGAGUCUCGU